AUGCAGUACGUGGCACACGACACCUUUUCUCUUCGCCCGAAAGGCAUCUACGCCUAUGCUUUCCUCGUCUGUCGCAUUGCACAGAUUAUCUGUCUCGCCAUCUCCGCCGGUUUAUCAGGCAACUUACUUUCAAUCACCUCCCGCGGACAUCAAACUGCGCCGGCGAAUCUGAUUGUUGUUAUCAUCCUCACGGGCAUAGCGCUAGUAUGGGUGCUCGUUUCAUCGACCGGUUACUCCACGCGAUACCUUCCCUACCCAAAAACACUGUCCCUUGACUUGUUGUUCCUUAUUCCGUUUGUGACCAUGGCUGCCAUUCUCGGGCUGCCGAUGGCCGAGGCAAACUGCGCGGUUGUGGCGCGGAACGGUAGAUUUGAGAUCACCGCGCCCCAUGGAAGCUCGGUCGGGAAAGUUUCCUUUCCCUCAGACGGGAGGGCUUCUUGCACCAAGCUUUUUGCGGUCUGGGUGCUAUUGGUUGUGAUAUCCGCAUUAUUUACCAUUAGUGCCUUAUCGGUUGGGUUUCUGCAUCUCGGGAAGAAACAGUCAGAGAAGGAAAAUUUUCCAGGCAGAAUCGAGCCGGGUGAAGGGAGCAAUCGCGCGGGAUAUGCUCAGGGAAUGAGCGAGCCUCACGGGGGACGCUUCAACCCAGCGUCAAGUGCUCAGCCUGGUGGGUUUGAAGCCGGCGGAAACUACUCCUCAAUCAGACCUAGCGUCAGCGAGGAUCGGCUCGACCUCAACAGACCGGUCACGGUAGCCCCGGAUGGGCCCGCAUAUGCGGGCACAGGAGGAGAUGGUUGGAUUCGAGCGGAACUCGCCGGAAUGGGGCAAGCAAAGACGUCCUCUGCGGAUGGUCGACUGCGGCGCGAACAGAUAUAUUCCGGCGAAACGAAGUCCAGCACGGCGAGCAAACAUAGCGCCAUGCCCUUCGCAUCGUUACGGUCCCAAGCCACCUCUUUCGGUAAGGCGCCCACAGGUAACCGGUUCGCUUCUGGAGACGAAGCCGUCGAAGGGAAAACUAACAUUCUUCCUGGAUCGUAUUAUCAAGACGAGAGCCGACGGAGUGACAGCGAACGACAAUUGAGCGAUGCCGAGCCGGUUGCUUUGAGAUCGAGGCUCGCUGACCUCGAAGAUGUGCCGGGGGUUCCUUUGAAUGGAUACGGUUUGCCCCGGUGCCUACGCGCUUCGUUGAUUCCAAAGCCGUCGGCUCUUGGGGAUAAUGGGAAGUCGGGUAGGAAGAGAAUGAACGAGAAGUCGGCGGAAAGUGGCUGGUGGGGAGCGCUGGCCAGCGUAAUUUUCGAACCACAAGCGGAGUACAACCGGUCCAAUGUAUUGUAA